UGGAGUGCCAGGGUGAACGGACAUGCGUGCGACGUGCGAACAGUCGAGCGCAUGCGCAAAUCACAUGUGGCGUAGACGGAGUGCGAGCGAAUGAGGGGCGGAGUCAAAGAGCAGCGAGUCACGUAGCUUAACUAGGAUAGCAGCGAAGAUUAGUGGGUGAUGGAUAUGAGCAGCAGUGAGUGUUUUGGAUGUGGUCGCUCAGGACACUGGGUGAAAAACUGCCCCAAUGCAGGGCGUGGCCGUGGGCGGGGCAGAGGUCGAGGGAAAGAUCUGUUCUGUUACCGGUGUGGAGAGCAGGGACACAUCGCCCGCGACUGUGAACAGACCGAGGAUGCAUGUUAUAACUGUCACCGGAGCGGUCAUAUCUCUCGGGACUGUAAGGAGCCGAAGAAGGAGCGUGAGCAGUGCUGCUAUAACUGCGGUAAGGCCGGACAUGUGGCCCGAGACUGUGACCACGCCAACGAGCAGAAGUGUUACUCCUGCGGUGGAUUCGGACACAUCCAGAAACUGUGCGACAAAGUCAAGUGCUAUCGGUGCGGUGAGAUUGGUCACGUGGCGGUCCAGUGCAGUAAGGCCAGUGAGGUGAACUGCUAUAACUGCGGGAAGACGGGUCACCUGGCACGGGAGUGUACCAUCGAGGCCUCGGCGUAAACACGCCCCCUCCCCUCUUCAUCGGCCCCUCCUUUUUCACGUUGAUGGUUGUAUUAUUUUCUGGGUUUUCCUCUUCAUUGGCUAAAGGUGGGCAGACGGAGGCUUGUCCCGGUCCGCGAGCUGCUCGACAUGUUUAAAGAAAAAAAAAGAUUUAAGCGAGAGAAGGGGUUUAAAAAUCUUUUUGCAUUCAGUAUCAGAUGUGUGUUUAGUUCCGCUAGAGGUGUUGUGUAAUAGCGCUUUGUUUAAAACCCCUGGGCCAUGCCUGCCCACGUGUUGACCGGCGUGCGGAGCGCAGCGUGUCGGUGUGGGACCUCGAGGCGUUCGCUCGCUUCACGUGAGCUUCCCAGAGACGACAGACGGGAAAGCCUCGACUUCUGCGUACGGAUUUAUUAUUAUUAUUAUUAUUAUUAUUAUUAUUUUUGAUUUGGAAUAAAAUCAGAGGGAAUAACGAGUCUGCUUAAAGAGUGUGACGGCGAUAAUGUGCACAAACACAGAACUCCAUCUUAAUCUGGACACACACACACACACACACACACACACACACACACACACACUUUGGGGUGAGGAAAUGUUCUUUUAUUAAUAUUCAUAACAAUUCUGAAACACUGAAUUCCUCUCAUUUACUUUAUUUUCAAUUCAGAUGUUUUUUUGGUACAUUGCUCAUAAAUGCCUAAAGCUUCCAAAAAAAAAGGUCAUUUCUAUGGUAAAUUAUCAAGACCAGUAAGCUUGUGGAUGUCACUAAUUUGCAAAAGGAGAAUGUUUUCACAGAAAUCAAAUAUUAUUUUUGUACACUAUCACUUGGACUACUGUAAAAAAUCAUUUUGCUUGUAAUCUGUUUUUAAGUCAGAAGGGAAAGAUGCAGCUGAAGUCCUAUAAAAACAUAAAAUGUAAUUUUAAACUAUCAAUAAAGCUGGAGGAGGAUCGGGA